AUGGCAACCCUCCUCUCCUCACCGCUUUCACCACCGCCCAAAUUCCACCUCUUCCAACAACCGAGCUCACCAAAACACUAUGCACACCAAGACCUCCCUGCCGACUUUGACAAGUCCUUUGGCUCAUCCAUGUCCAUCUCUGACUCGCUCGACGGUCACACAUCCCAAGCUUUCCCUACUCAAGCAUUCCCUACUCAAGCAUUACCUACUCAGCCUUUCCUCUUCAACACCGCCAGCUUGGGUCUCGCAACAACAAAUCAGCAGCAUCAACACCACUCCUCCUCCUUCUUCCACGAUGCAUCCACAGAGCCUUCGAAACAGCAGCUCCGUCCAGUCCGCAUCUCGCCACCUCCCACCAACACCCUCGGCGCAGCAAUGGGAACAACACUCAAUGCUCGCUCACCUGCUCUCGCUCCCAAGAUGAGCUCACCCAAGGACAUGGACAUCUCACCCGCACCCCUUGCUCCUGCCACUAUGCACAACCUCCCUCCUUCCCCAUCCGAGGCCCUUCCCAACCUCAUCAACUCGAUCCACGUCACAACAUCCUCCAACUCCUCUCCAGCUACUUCCCUCAAUGACCGCCUUCAUCCCCUUCUUGGUGGUUCCAGUCGUCCUCCACAGAUAGCUACGGAGCGCAAGUCUUCCCUCCAGCUUGCCCACAGCAUGUCCUCCCGUCUCUUUGGCGCCGAGAUCGCCCUCAACUCACACCGCCUCUUUGCUGGAGACCAAGAAUUGCUCAGCAGCCCAGACAAGGAGCCCCCACCGAAGCGUAGGCCCAAUUCCCUUCCCACCAGACAGAGCGAGGCCAACGAGCGCAUCUCGCAGCUUUCCUCUGCUCUCAUGCCUGUUGCAACAGCAAAGCACAGACCUGCACUCUCAGCUACUUUUGACAGCCGUGGAUCAUCCUUUGGUGCCGCUCCUUCUUCCUCACGAGCCAGCUCGGUUUCUAGCAACCGUCUCUCCGACUCGGGUUUGCCACUUGGUAAGCUUUCCUCCAAGCGCUCAUCUCGAGCUGGCUCAGCAGAAUCCUUCUUUGAGGAUGUCGAGGAUGAGCUAGGCGCCCGCCAGACGAUUUUGCACGACAGCGACAGUAACAAGAAUGGCCUUUGGCAGGCUCAGAAUGAUGAUGACCAAGGCGAUGAUAUCAACCCUUCUCCAUCUCCCUCGAUGGGCUCAGUGUCCGGCGCCAUGGCUGGCUACUUUUACGACCCUUUGUCACCUGACAAGCUUGCUACUAGGCUUGGAAUGGCCGCACCUCUCGAUCGACCUAAUCUGCUCGCUGCCAUGUCUAGCACUGCUGCUUCGCCCAGUGUCUCUUCCCCUCCUGCUUCGUCGCCUUGCACCAGGAUGCCUCCACCCAAGAGGACCACUUCGUUGGGCACAAGAGUAUUCCAGCGCGCUCGUACCGAUGCUGCCGUGCCUAGAGCUGUCAGCGGCACUGCUGCCGCCUCUGGUAGCUCUGCGUUUAGCUCUAGCUUUGCUUGCGGUUCUGCAUCUGGUGUCGGUGCUCUCCGCACUACUCUAGGCAAACGCGCCAACCCUUACGUCAAGCGUCCCUCGCUCGUCAACGACAAUGCUUCCAUCAAAAGUGCCUACCCUGUUCUCGGUGUCCGUGAUCAAACGACUCGAACAGCUCGACCUACAGCCCCUGCACCUCGUCGAUGCUUCUCUGCUUUCGACCACAGUUCUUUCCUCGGUGGCGUCGGCCCAUCCGCCUCCUCCAAACUCAAUGUUAGCUCCAACAUGAAUUCUCCCACCUCUCCCGAUCGUCGACGCACCCACCUUUCCAGCCACAGCCAAGUGACCGACGCCGACGGAUCCCCCAUUGCUCCAGGCAUGCGUGCACGUCUUCCACCAUCUAACUUGCUCCGUCGAGGUAGCAAAGAUGAUUCCUCCCCUCUCGCCUACGGUACAGGAAUGAAACGAUCCGCUUCUCGUGGCAGUGAAAGCAUGAACGAUGACAUGGCUCUCAACGAUCCUUGUUUCCUCCAGUCCCAAUCUCCUGCUAGUGCUGAAUCACUCCCUGGUUUCGGUGCAUCGGAAAAAGAGGGUAAAAUUCUCCCCUGUUUCAACGUCAAAGAAGACGGCUUGAUGCGAAUUACCGCUCAAACCAUGACCGAUCUUCUGGUGGGCAAGUACACAAACGCAAUCCAAUCCUACCAAGUCAUCGACUGUCGCUUCGGAUACGAAUACGAAGGAGGUCACAUUCCCGGUGCGAUCAAUCUCAGCACUGUCGAAAAAGUGGUUGAUCAUUUCCUUUCUCCCAAUUCCCGUCGGCUUCCGCCUCGAUCGCAGAGUGGGAAAGCGGAUCAAUACGGUAACCGUCUAAAGCAAGUUCUUGUUUUUCAUUGCGAGUUUAGCUGCAAGAGGGCACCGACAAUGGCUUUGGCGCUGAGACAGGCGGAUAGAGGUCUGGCGCACGAUUAUCCCAAUUGCCACUUUCCUGAGAUUUAUAUACUCCAAGGAGGUUAUUGUCAUUUUUGGAAGAAUUAUCCGCGUCUUUGUGAACCGCAAGAGUAUGUCUGUAUGGACGAUCCCCGCUUUUUGGCCAAGCGAUCUACAGAACUGAAUGGAUUUCGCAAACAAUUCUCACGCCAUCGAAGCUUUGCCUACGGUGAGGGGAAAAGGCAACCUUCACAGUCCAGAGGCUUGGGUGCGCAGCAAAGACAGAGUAUUCAGGAGGAAGAUAUGCAGGAAUCCCCUUGUCCUAGGUUGACUGCUUCCAAGCUUUCAUCCGCUUCACUGGUAGGAGGCGGAGGCAGAGGGGGGGAUACGAGUUUUGGUAGUGUAGGAGAUUCAAGUUUUGAAGAUGGGAUCGGGGAUAGUCCUUGUGCUGCUGCUGGCAGUCGGAUUUUACAGCCCGAAAUGAUGGGGUCGCUUCUGGGAGCAAGGAGGCCCUUGUUGAGGGCUGGUACUACGGGGAAUAUCUUGCCUAGAUAUCUGUCCUAG